GCUUUUCUUUUCUCUCCACCAUUUCAAUUUCUCGGAAUGUCCCGUUUCUUGGAAAAGUUGCUCUGAUACGAUAAAAGUACGACUAUUGGUUUAGGUAUUAAAGCGGAUAUAGCCACCGAAGAAUUAUCCGAAAGAAAAGCAAUAAAGGGCAGAAAAAAGAAUCACAGAUUCAUUGUAAAACGGGGUUCUUUGUACAUCUCCCAACCUUCCUACUUCUUGAGCCUUUCAAGAAAAAGAAAGGCUCAUUGAGAUAAGUCAAAGAUGGAGAUCGAUAAAGCUGUCAGAGAAAGUGAUGAUAUAAGGUUGAAGACAAAGUACAACAACGCCAUCUAUGUCAUCCAAAGGGCUCUUGCUCUUUACUCUGUUGAAGAGGUUGCCUUCAGCUUCAAUGGUGGAAAAGAUUCAACCGUUUUGCUCCACCUUCUUAGAGCAGGCUAUUAUAUGCAUAAGGCUGGAACGAAUCUGUCCACUCGGGAUCCGGUGAAUGAUGAAACAACAUUUCCAAUACGGACAAUUUAUUUUGAGAGCUCAUCUGCUUUCCCAGAAAUCAACUCAUUCACUUAUGACACAGCUUUUGUAUACAAAUUGCAGAUGGACAUCAUUCGCCUAGAUUUUAAGUCUGGCUUGGAGGCUCUUUUAAAAGAUAAGCCUAUUAGAGCUAUUUUUCUCGGUGUGCGAAUUGGCGACCCUACUGCGGUAGGGCAAGAGCAGUUCUCCCCGAGCUCACCUGGAUGGCCACCUUUCAUGAGAGUGAAUCCUAUCUUGGAUUGGUCGUACAGAGAUGUUUGGGCCUUUCUCUUGACUUGCAAGGUUCAGUACUGCAGCCUUUACGAUCAAGGUUACACUUCAAUUGGUAGCAUUCAUGAUACAGUUCCUAAUGCACUGUUGUGCCAUACCAAGACCGACAAUAGUGAAGAAAAGUACAAACCUGCAUAUCUUCUUCCAGAUGGAAGAUUGGAAAGAGCAGGGAGAGUUAAGAAGUUGACUUCUCAGCCUUUAAAUGCUGUUAGCAAUGGCGUGAACCAUGAGGAGUCACAUUGGAAAAGUAUGUCUACAGCCUCAGUCAUUGCGGUGGGAGAUGAAAUCCUGUCUGGCACUGUUGAGGAUCGGGUGGGAUCCGUAUUGUGUAGAAAGCUGCAUUCCAUAGGCUGGGUGGUUUCACACGUCUCCAUUACGCGAAAUGAUAUUGACGCUGUUGCAGAUGAAGUUGACCGACAGAAGUCUACAAAUGAUAUGGUUUUCAUAUACGGAGGGGUUGGUCCAUUGCCUUCAGAUGUCACUGUAGCUGGUAUUGCUAAAGCAUUUGGUGUCCGGAUGGCCCCUGAUGAAGAAUUUGAAGAAUAUUUGAGGCAUCUUAUCGGUGAAAGAUGCACUGGAGAUAGGAAUGAGAUGGCUCAGUUGCCCGAAGGCAUCACCGAGUUGAUGCAUCAUGAUAAACUUAGAGUGCCUUUGAUCAAGUGCCAAAAUGUGAUAAUUCUUACCGCGACAAAUGCUGCUGAGCUGGAAAAGGAGUGGGAUUGCUUGAUUGAAUUGAUGAAAUCCAAUGAGCUUUUAGUAAUGACGGAACCAUUUGUGUCAAAGAGACUGGCAACAACUCUUUCUGAUGUGGAAGCCGCUCAACCGCUUUCGGACAUUGCUAUUAAAUUUCCUGAUGUCUACACUGGGGCUUAUCGUGAAUCAAGAGGAGGUUCAAUAGUCAUUACCUUCACAGGAAAGGAUGAAGCAAGAAUACGAGCAGCUGCAGAAGCAUUAUGCAAGAAGUUUCAUCCAGGGGCAUUCUCUGAAGUUGACUGAACAUUUCUUUCAUCGCUACUCCGGUGGUACACUGUGCCAGGCGCAUAUGAUUGAUGCCUCUUAUCUGCAACUACCGUUCUGGGUUAUACCGCAUGGGCAAGAACUUUUGAUCUACCCACAGUUGUAAGCAUUGAAGAUGUAACGAGGACGGGAGGAAUGUGGGGAGAAAUGGUAUACGGAUUAUUAUCGUGUUAUGAGGAGAAAAACUCGUUAAUAUUUAAAAAAGCAGUAUCAUUAUGAAGAAGAAAUUAUUGUAUUUGGGAAAGCAAUAGUAACUUUGUUGUACUAUGGUUACUAGAACAGCAAAUUUCAAAGACCUUGACAGACAGGAUCUAUGUUUCUUGUCCCCCCGGAAACCCCAUGC